AUGGACGACGGGCGCCCGAAGAAUGACGAUAUCUUCUUGAAUAUCGCGAGGUCCGAUUCUGGCCGUCGCGACUCUCUGGGUCGCUCAGACUUUCGAAGAUCGCGACUAGGAUAUUCCAGUCAGGGAUUACGGUCGCCAAUCUCCCAUAUCGAUAAAGAAGAAACGCCUUCCCCCGAUCAGCGCUUUAGCAAUGUUAAUACCCCCUUGCAUUCCCAAAAUGGCUCUCCUACAAUCCCAUACGGCUCUAUCCAUUCUUCCGCUACCUCUGCCCACCCCCUCGACGAGCCAACUCGCUUCCGCUACUCCAGUCUGACUUCUGGCGCGCGAUCAACAAUCGGCGCCCCUCGAAGCCGUCUCAGUCGCACAAGUCCCGAGACCUCUCCGCGAUCACCCACAAUCAACGGAGACCGACACGUUCCUGUGCACGAUUCUCGCCGUCAUCGUCGUUCCACCUUAUCCACUGUUCGAAGUAGUCGCGAACCCUCUGCCUCUGAGCCGACAGAACGGGUUCUCGCCGACGCAGAAAGAGCGCGAGUCGACGGGACCGAAUCAACGCUGUCAACGACGGCACCUUCCACCGUUUGGGACGAACUGGACGAUUUGAAGUCCCGAAUCCGCAAGCUGGAGCUUACCGGCAAAUUACCACCAUCGUCUCAAGCCGCCAUAUCAGGUGCAAACCAGGAAAGGCCGCGCACCGCCGCAACUACUGCGAGUGCCCUGUCUACCUCACCUAGACACUAUCGCAAGGCGAGCACCCCGUCUGCGGACGCCGAAAAUGCGGUUCAAAACCCGGUGCAUCCUCUUCUGCAAUCAGCAUUGGCCAAAGCCAAGACUGUCCUGCCAAAUGACGUGUACAUGGCGCUAGAGGCGACGAUCACAGAUGCUCUGACUCUAUCGACCAUCUUGGGCGUCAACACAGCACCGUCAGGCACAGUCUCUGUUGUGAAUGGAGGAUACAGCUCCUCCGAAAGGCAUUCUCGGCGCAAAGCGGAUAGUCUGUGUCGCGGCCUGACUGAACUUUGUCUGGCCUUGACGGACGAGCAGCUGAAGAGAGACCGGCCACGUUCUAGCCAUGCCGGAGGCGCUCAGUCUCAGCGGUCGAACGGCGGCGAGAAUAGCUCUGUAACGCCUACACAUUCCUAUCAACGAGCUUCCAGUCAUGAGCCUGAAGGAAUUGAACGCAUUGAGCGUCGCCAAAGUAUAAGUAGCCGCCUGCCCAGUCGCCUCGAGGCGCGAAGGGCCUCCCUAAUCAGCCAGAGCCCGGGAACUCCAGUGGCAGACACCAAACCGGCCCCGUCAUCACCGAGUGCAGCUCCCCCGCCGAGCCGACUUCACCGCAUCUCGACAUCUCUUCGCACUCGUAGGCCACCAACUGACGAGGGAAAUGGGGAGACAUCGACUCCACAUAAUCGGUCACUCUCAAGGGCCUUUACUGAGAUUGGCACGCCGAGCCCUGCACAGAGCGUAUCUCCACAACAACGGUUCUCCCGGGAUCACUCCCUUUCUCGCUCCAUCUCCAUCACGGGAGCCCAGAAUCAAGAGCAGGGACUGGGAAUCUCUCCGCGCUCAGCACAUUUUCAAUCGUCGACCCAAUCUCAGGCACCUUCAUCCCUGCCUCGAACACCUUCCACCUUGUCCCAAACCGGAAUUCCAUUCCGCCGCAGCUAUGCGACACCCUCUGUGUAUUCUCCUGCGACAUCUCGCUCCAAUAUUCAGGCUGGAUCCCACCGCUACGGCCUCUCACCUGCUACCCCGGCCUCUGGAGCAGAGGAUAGCCCUCGAUCUCAGCUAGAACCCUCACAAACCCGAAUCAGCGCCCCAUCCAGCAAGACGGUAACGAGCUAUACCCCUAUUCAGCAACCACGUCUCCGCACAAAUAGCCUGGGUGCUCGGAGAUUCGGCCUCAGACGCCGUUCCGCGGUCAUGCCAGACGACACCAACAAUAUGGACGAUAGUAUCGACUAG